AUUUUAUGAUCUCUUUUUUUCUUUAUCUCGUUGUGCUUCAACUUGAACACAGGAUUUCGUUAUUCAGUAUUUAUUUUGUGUUAAGAGUGGUCAGUUUGUGAGACGUAAUAAAUAAUCUCGAUAAAGUUCUAAAAGUGGAUGUUUAAAUUAAAGUUUUUUUAAUUCGAUGGUGAAAUUUCCAGUGUAUUAUUUGUAAUGAUGAUAAUUCUUUGCUACUAAAAAAGCACCCUUAUUGCUUAAUAAAAUGCCUACCAAAAAAACAACAACUUCCGAAGAGACAAGCAAUUUCCUUAGAAACUGACAUAAAAAGCUUAGACUGUCUAAAGAAAGGCGAAGGUCCCACAUCUGUUGGCAAAGCUUUUGGUUUAAACUAAGGGACUGUAAGAACAAUUAGAAAAAAUGAGAAUUCCAUUCGACAAUCUGUAAUUUCUGGAUCCAAAGCAUCAUUUUAUAGUCGCAAUCCUAUCUUAGAGAAUGUUAAAGAAGAUACAGUCAAAAAGAAUACCUAUUGAUGGGAAACAUAUAAAAGAAAAAGCACUUAGAAUAUAUAACCAACUUCAGGAAUUGGAACCACCAACAAGUCUUCAGGCAACGAAGAAACUAGCACUUAAUGCAAGUGAGGGAUGGCUGACAGGUUUUAUAAAAAGACACGCAUUUCACAAUGUAAAAAUAAAGGGAGAAGUAGCAUCAGCAGACGAAAAUGCUGCAAAAACCUUUCCGGAUAAACUAGCAAAAAUCGUUGAAGAGGGCGGUCAUACUCCAGAACAAAUAUUUAAUGCCGACGAAACGGGAUUGUUUUGGAAGAAAAUGCCCGAAAGGACUUACAUAGCAAAAUCUGAAAAAUUAGCUGGUGGUUUUAAAGCGGCCAAAGUUCGAGUGACAUUGUUGUUAUGUAGUAACGCAUCUGGUGAUAAAAUGUUAAAGCUUUUGUUAAUCAACAAAUUUCUUAUGCCACGAGCAUUAAGAAGUAAGAACAUUAAACAACUUUCAGUCCAUUUCAUGGCGAAUAAAAAGGCAUGGAUGACGGCUGAUCUGUUUACAAAUUGGUUCAACAACUGCUUUGUUCCUGAAGUCCAGUAAUAUAUGGAGGAAA